AUGGGGUCUUCCGAUACUCUCCCGACCCUGGAGUCCCUUCAUUUCCCGUCAGCGCAGCUGUCAAUCUCCCAGACGCUUUCGUCUCUACGUCGAUCGGCGCUGUCUGUCGCCAAUCGGCUCCAGUCUAUUGAGACCGAUGCCACCUUUGCGCAAGAGGUCGCUGACCACUAUGGCCUACCUCUGGUUGCUAAUGAGCGCUGCGGAAGCUGGUAUAUCCCGCCCACGGCCAAGGCCGGCAGUGCUUAUUUCAAAAGCACCGAUGGCCACACCGGUCAGUGGGAUUUUAGCUUUCGCAGGUUGAACUUGCAGUUGCUCCCGCUAGCCAGGGAUCAUGGGGGCUGUGUAAUUGUGGACUCAACUCGCCGAGGAAAACACGCAUUAUCAAAAACCGUCCCAAUCUGGAGCGCCGUUCUAAACAGAGCACUGUUCCCAUCCGCAACUGAAUACCACCCAGUCCGCCUCCCACCCGAUUAUCUGGGCGCAUCGGAAGAAGCGCAAAUCGAGAAUCGAAUUGAAGGGUUCGUGCAUUCCCUAAAGAGCCUGAAACUCGACCUGGACAAUUUGCGCGAGCAACUCGGCAAACCCAUCCAGAUUGCUUGGGCCAAUAGGACGUAUUUUCACCCGGAAGGUCUGCAGACAAGCGGUGACUACAAUCUACUCGUACUAUGCUCCGCUUCCAGGCGCGUGCAUGGCGCCGAAAUGUCCGAGGGCGGAUACAUUCAAGGCGCGGGCGAUGAUAGCGAGGCGUGGGCGCAUGGACUGACGCCGCCAGUCUUCUGGGCCAAUCAGGCUAUUUUGAAGAGUACACCUGAAGACGAAUUGCCGGAGCUUAUUGAUCGGCUGGUGGCUGAACACAAGCUGCUGGAUGUGGCCCAGGACGCAACACUCAUUUCCCCCACGCGCAAUUUGUACAUUGGCUCGGGAGUGGGGGUCGAUGCUGGAGGUCGGUAUGAUCUUGUCAUUGACUGCAAUGGGAGUGCUGCAGAUGUGGAGGGAAAUGCGAAGCGGCUCAAUUUGGGCUGUGAUUCUGGGAAACUGGGAAGUCGGGAUCUACGAAAAUGUCUGGAGAAGGUGCGUGAGUUUAUUGGCGCUCGUCUUGGGGCGGAUUCGUCGCUAUCGGUGCUGGUUACUUGUGAGAAUGGGAAGGAUCUUUCGGCAGGGACGCUGCUUGCGAUAGUUUGUCUGUUUUAUAACGACGAGGGCGGCUUCGAUGCCUCCCUUAGCAAACGUGCGAUCAGCAAGCAGUUCAUUCGACAGCGUCUAGCCUGGCUCGUGUCGUCGAAACAUGACGUGAACCCGUCUCGCGCCACGCUUCAAUCUGUCAAUGCUUUCCUGAUGCAGCCGCCGGAUUAUUGA